GCAAAACCCCCCCAUCGUAUUCCCAUCGUCUUCCCAUCGUUGCCAUCGCCAUGGCGUCGUUUCUGUCGGCGCUCUCCGAGCUGCACGACACGCUGGUGGCGUCCCUCAGCAGCUGCGGCCUGGGCCUCGAUGGAGUCGAGGCCAAGCCGGAGCUGAUGCGAUCUGUGGUCAUGUUGCCAUCUGCCGUUGCUGCCGUGCCUUUUCAGGAGUCCAGUGCUGCCGUGGUGCAGCAGGUGGAGAUCGAAUCGCGCCGCGGAGCACGGCAGGCGGCGCCCCCUGAGGGACUGCAAUUGUUCUUCCCAGGUUUCAAGUGGGAAACUGCUUUGGUGAAGUUGUCCUGUGCCGAACUGGCGGUUUACUGCUUCGAGCAUUUGCUCAGUGCAGGCACUCCCACGGUGUGCACCUUAGUGCAACUGGGCGCCAGUUGGGCCCCGGCCAUCUGUAGUGGCCACGUUUGGCGCCUUGUGGUCCCCAUUUUCCUUCAUGGCAACCUGGGCCAUGUUCUCACCAACGUGUUGUUCCAGAUGCGCUUGGGCUUCAAGGUGGAAGAAUCCUUGGGAAGAUGGAGUUUCGUAUCGCUCUACUUGCUGAGUGGCACCUUCGGGAACUUGGUAUCUGCGGCCCUGCAGCCGGCGAAAGUGGCCGUUGGGGCAUCCACCAGUGCCAUGGGCGUUUUGGGCGCCACGGUGGUGCGGCUGCUUUGCGAGGAGCAGGGCCCUGAAAAGCAGGCCAUGCUGAUCUCGUCGUUCCUCAUCCUGGUAUUCAUUAACUUGUCGCCACACGCAGACCUUUUUGGGCAUUUGGGCGGAUUCCUGAGCGGAGUCUGCUUGUCACUGUGCCUGAAGCCCAGCAGCAGCAACAGCCUUCGUUUUUGGAGCGUUGUGCCGAUGCUGGCAGCAGGCGGCAUCUGCGGCUACGAGUUGAGCGUGGCUCCACAUGCAGCGCAGAUGGCGGAGAUCGCCCAGUGCCCAGCGCUGUGGCCGGGCGUCUCCUAGUGGCUACACAAUUUCAUUGGCUCCCCAGCCGCCACAGUUGCCACAGCCACCAUGACGGCGCGGCUGUGACCGCGGACACCGCGGACUCUGUGGAAUGGACGCUGAAAAUGGUUGGUGCUGGUGGCGAAUUUGGGAAGAGAUUGGUGGAGAAUUUGGUGGAUAAUGGGGUUAAUGCACAUCAAUUGCUGGAUAUAUCAGCUAAUGGAUA